AUGGAUUACAGAGCCUUGUUCUAGCAGUUUGCUGAGGUGUUCAUUGCAGUUUUCAGCUACCAGCCAGAUCCUAGAAGCUACCAAAUAGCUGUGGGCCGGCUGGAGCUGCUGGUUGUGGUUCCGCCUGUGCUACAAGAGAUCAGUAUCCUGCUUAUGAUGGGGGCUGUCUUCACUUUGGUGGUCCUGGAAGAGUCGCUGAGGACCUACAUUCCAACCGUUGUCUGUCUGGAGCCCCUGCUACUGCUGAUACCUGCCAGGUCUUUGCUCGGACGCCUGAGCAAGAAGAUCCCUGGUGCUGUCCGUGAGCCUGGCAAUUGAGUCUUCAUGCCGUGUGUUUACCACAGCAGGAACAGACAUGGCACACUGUCUACAAUUUUGUUAGGCCCAUAGUCAUUCAGUGUAGAAGAGAUACCUUGGUUAGGUCCCAAUCUCCCCUCAUAUCUAUGCCGCCCUGUUUUAAGUGGUAUAUUAAUAUUCUUCAUGUCAUGUGAAAAACGGGAAAUAAGCAGAAAAGAAGCUGAAACCCCUCCAAAUUCUAAUACCCCAUAAAUAACCAUUUCAUUUGGUGUAACUUUACCUGUUGACUUUUUCUAUGAUUGUAAACAGAUUAAUUUUUCUUUAAUGAAAAUGAGACAGGAUAGCCUACCCUAUUGUCUGCUGUUAAGAUCCAAUGUUCUGCCAGGCAGUGGUGGUGCAUGUGUUUAAUCUCAGUGCUUGGGAGGCAGAGGCCGGUAAAUCUCUGUGAGUUCGAGGCCAAACUGGUCUACACAGUGAGUGCCUGGAUAGCCAGGGCUAUACAGAGAAAUUCUGUCUGGAAAAACCAGAAAUAAAAGAAAAGAUCCAGUGUUCUUUAACAUUCCUUUGUAUUUGUAUCAGGUUAGUGGCAGUGCAUGGAACUGAGGAUGAAAAGGUGGCUGAGGUGCUAAGAGCACUUGUUGCUUUUGCAAAGGACCAGGGUUCAGUUCCCAGCCCCCACAUGGCUACUCACAACUAUCCUAACUCUAGUUUCAGAGGAUCUGACACCUGGCCUUCUGGAGCACCAGCCAUGCACAUGGCACAUAUAUCUGUAUAUAUGUGCAUACACACACGCAUGACAGUAAAACAUGCACAUAAAAUAAAAAUAUUUUGCAAGGAUGUGUUCAACUUAUUCCACUUC